AUGGAGAGAAAAACAAAUAAAAGUAAGUCAGGCGAGGAGAGUGAGGUUAAGUCAUCAAUUUUAACUUCCUCAAAAUAUCAGAGUACAGUUGAUUUGGAUAUGGAGAAAGAGUUUAAGCAAAUUUAUGAACAAGCUAAAAGACUUGGCCUAACAGUGAAAGAUUUUAAAACAAUAAGUGUCUUACAAAAAAUUGACUGGGAUGUUUCUCCUUGUAAAUUAUUCUUACAGAUUGUCUUGGCAGUGUUAUCUGUGGUACUAGUGGUCCAAUGUUCUUUGGUGUUCACUGUCUUAUUAGAUUGGCCCAUUAGUCAUGAAACCUUGGCUCAAGCUUGGUUCAAUAUUUAUCAGUCCGAUGCAGAAUUUGAACAGUGCGCUGUUUACAUGCCAGAAACUCUUCACGCAUUGUUUCGUCCACCAGUAGAAUGUUCGUUUUGCAAAGGGUUGAAAGAAGUCCAGACAGUUAACAACAUUAAUCAGGAAGAGUUUGAGAGGCUGUAUGCUUACAAUGGGGUUCCCGUUGUCAUUGGUGACGGGACCGUGAAUUGGACGGCUCCGAAACAUUUCAGUUUUGAGUUCUUCAGAAAUUUGUACCGCCCCGGAAGUCAAGCGCUAGAAAAUCAGCAAAGAAAAUGCCAGUUUUUCCCGUAUAAGAGCAACUUCACCCGACUUGAAGAGGUUCUUGAAAUGAGCGAUGAUCGGGCACACAUGCUGGAUGGAUCAACACCCUGGUACAUUGGCUGGAGUAACUGCGACUUCAAGACAGCAAAUCUACUGCGGCAACAUUACCAGCGUCCAUACUUCCUGCCCCGUCUAUCAGAGUCCAGCAAGACAGACUGGAUGUUUAUGGGAAGUCCGGGAUAUGGAGCCCAUUUACACAUAGACAAUGUAGAGAAGCCCUCUUGGCAAGCCCAGAUCACAGGUACCAAGCGCUGGACACUGGAGCCGCCGCCAGAAUGCUACUACGUGUGUGAGAACAGGCUACAUGUCACUGUGCACCCUGGGCAAAUCAUUGUACUUGACACUAACAUUUGGUACCACUCUACAUUGAAUGUAGGCAAUGACAUCAGUAUUACAAUUGGAUCAGAAUAUGACUAGAUACAUCAGCAC